UUUUCUUUAUUGUCUCAUAGCGUAAAGUAGCCAGUUAGCUUUUCACAUUAAAUAUAAAGAAUAAAAAUUCUCCAGGGAGAAUUACCCGUUUAGGGUUUCACAUAUGACACAAUGUCAUACAAAUUGUAUAAAAAGUAAUGAGAAUUAAGGUGGCAUUUAGACAUAUCUAUCGUGCGUAUCUCUGCGUUUGAGUUUUUCCUUCAUAAAAAUGACGUAUCCUGGACUGGUGCUCCUCGUUGGAGUUGGAAUUGGACUAGCAACAUUCCUAUAUUAUAUAUUCGCUGAAAAUGAGAGCGAGAAUGAUCAAAGACAACAGUAUAAUUACGAAGAUGGUACAAAUGGUAGAACGCCAGAUUACCACGACUGGAGGAUUUCACCUGCUUCGUCACAUAGUGGUAGAUUAAAUAGAAGAAACUUGUCAAACUCUUCAGUAAGAGAAGGUGACAUAGGAAGAAGUCGCAUGAGUAAAGAAGAUAUAAACAAUUGUUCAAUUUGUCAAUACGCACUAAUCGGAUCAGAUGUGAUACAGCUACAUCCUUGUAGACAUAAUUUUCACAAGGACUGCAUUAAGAAGUGGAGGUCAUAUACUCCUAAGGCUGCUUGUCCUAAUUGCAGAAGAGACAUAGCACAUAUGACAUAAAUUUAUCAUACACAAUAUAGCCAUAUAGUUGCUUUUGGAAUGUUUUUAUGAUUAUUAACAGAUAUUAG